CCCUCGCAUCAACCGCUAACCAUCCUAUCUAUAACCCACUCCCUCCCGACCUCUCCCGAUCUCACGCCAGUACCUGUCGACACCAUGGCUUCCUCGCGAAUCGUCGAGCUGGCGACCCGGAUCAGCGAAAACACCGCGAUAGUGGACGCCUACCUCCGCGAGAACCAGCUUCCAUCCCCCUCGUUCGACGAAGACGGCCCGGUGGACUUCGCCAUCCAGGGCGAGGAGGUGAAGAAGGCACACGAGGAAGCAAUUGCCCUCUCGUGGGAGCUCCACCGGCUCCUGCUGGGCCCCUCCCACUUUCUCCGUCCGGUGCCAAAUGGCCUGAGCCUGCAAGCGAUCUCCAAGCAUGACAUCGCGACCAAAGUCCCGGUGCAUGGCAAGAUCUCCUAUGCGGCGCUGGCCCAGCAAUGCGGGCUGAGCGAGAUCAACACCCGACGGUUUGUGCGGUACGCCAUCGUCCACCAUCGGGUCUUCUGUGAGCCUCAACCGGGGUACGUCGCCCAUUCCGCCGCCUCGCGGCUGCUGGCGGAGGACCCCGUCAUGCGCGAUGUCCUGUCGCAUUAUCUGGAGGAGUGCUUUCCCUCCUUCGCGAUGACCUUGCGGGCGAUUGACCAGUUCCAAGAUAACGGUGAGCCCAACCAAACGGGCUGGAACCUCUACCACGAAACCCCCGACGCCCCAUGGGACUACUAUGAAACCCACCCCGCGAUGGCCCGCCGCUUUGCCAGCACCAUGGCCUACGAGACGGAACGCGAAGGGCGAUCCAGUAACGUCCUGGUGGAGGGGUAUGCCUGGACCUCCCUCCUGGCCGAGACGACGGCGACCACGACGAGCCCACUGGUCGUGGACGUAGGGGGGUCCCGGGGCAAGACCGCGCUGGAGAUUGCGCACGCCCACCCGGAGCUCACGCUGCUGGUGCAGGACCUGCCCUCCAUGAUCGAGGGCGCCCGCGACCAGCUGCCGGCCAUCCCCGCGCGCGAGCGGGUGCAGUUCAUGGCCCACGAUUUCUUCGCCCCGCAGCUGGUCCCGGCCGACGCCUACAUUCUGCGCCAUGUCUUCCACAAUUGGUCGGAUCGCAACGCCGUCCGCAUUCUCCGCGCCUUGGUGCCGAGUCUGCGGCCGGGGGCCCGACUGAUCGUCAAUGAUUACAUCGCGCCCGUGCCCGGAGUCUUGAGUCUCGCCAAGGAGCAACGGCUGAGGGAAAUGGACCUCAUCAUGUUGACCCUCUGCAAUGCAUACGAACGCGAGGAACAAGACUGGAAACGGCUGUUCCAGGAGGCGGAUCCCCGAUUCCACGUUCGAACCAUGUCGGUGCCCAAGGGGGCGACGGAGGGGAUUCUCGAGGUGAUCUGGGAGGGUUGA